AUGGAGCCCGGCGGCUAUGCCAGCGUGGAAGAGGGCAAAGCCAUGCCAAUAGCCGGCGAGGCCCGAAACCUAGCCGCCCACUCGACCCUGAGCAGCCCCGCAGCCCCCGCCCUGCUGCCCGGCUAUGCCCCCGCGGAGCUCUCCGGCGCCGGAGAACCGGCCAAACCGUGUAAUCCGGGCCCGGGUCUGGGGGUUGGCCAAGGGGGACCCCCGGCCCCGCUGCCCUGCGGCUACUUGGGAGGGGGCUGCUGCUCCUGCCGCGGAGGCCGAGGGUCCCUGAAGCCCAGCGCUCAGGGGGCGUCUUUUCCCCCGGACAAGUACCCGACGGGCUCCGGAGCGGGCGAAGACUACCCGAGCCGGGCCCCCGAGUUCUCCUUUUAUCCGGGCUAUCCAGGACCUUGCCAACCGGUGGCCGGCUACCUGGACGUGUCGGUGGUGCAGGGCCUCGGGGCCCCCGGGGAGCCCCGCCACGAUCCCCUCCUGGACAGUUACUCGCCCUGGGCCCUGGCCGGAGGCUGGAACGGUCAGCGGUGCUGCCCCAGUGACCCCAGCCCGGCAGGGCCCUUCUGGAAGCCUCCUUUCGCAGAAACGGCGGGACCUCUCCCCCCCGACAGCUGCUCGUUCCGGCGGGGCCGCAAGAAGCGAAUCCCCUAUAGCAAGGCGCAGUUGCGGGAACUGGAGCGGGAGUUCGCUGCCAGCAAGUUCAUCACCAAAGACAAAAGGAGGAAGAUCUCGGCCGCCACCAGCCUUUCGGAAAGGCAGAUCACCAUCUGGUUCCAGAAUCGCCGGGUCAAGGAGAAGAAAGUUCUGGCGAAGGUCAAAUCCAGCGCCAUACCUUAA